CCAGGUGUCUCAUUGAUCAUGUGGAAAGGUCUGUACACAGCAGAGAAGGCCAUUAUCCAGUGGACCCUGUUGACGGAGGCCUGCCUCUUGUCUGUCCAGUUCCUGGUGACCUGCAUCACCCUGGUGGACCUGGGUCUGAUGUCAAACUCUGCCAUCCUCCUCCUCCUCAGUGAAGUCCUCUUCCUCAUCAUCACACUCCUCUACUACUACCACCUGGGUCGCAGGACCAAGAAGACCCAGAACCAUACCCAUAGUUCUGAUUAGACCCAGAACCAUACACAUAGUUCUGAUUAGACCCAGAACCAUAGAUCUAGUUCUGAUUAGACCCAGAACCAUACACAUAGUUCUGAUUAGACCCAGAACCAUAGACAUAGCUCUGAUUAGACCCAGAACCAUAGACAUAGCUCUGAUUAGACUCAGAACCAUAGAUCUAGCAGCUCUGAUUAGACCCAGAACCAUAGAUACAGCUCUGAUUAGACCCAGAACCAUAGAUAUAGCUCUGAUUAGACCCAGAACCAUAG